CGCGAUUUGCAUGCUGCCUGGCGCAGUUUGAUCUGCGAGAGGAUCAGAGUUGCUGUUUUCAUGUGGGUUUGUGAAUUAAAGUUACUGAUCAGUCGUGGAUCAGACCAUAGAAAAGAACUGAUUAUGCCAAAAUAGCAAUACCCGAAAAUACAUAUAACUAUGGCAUUUAAAGGAUUGAUAGAAAAGUUACCAUUCAGACCUCAGCUUCCUUCAACCUGCGUGUGCAGGAGUCAGUGUAAGAACAGUAAGAUCUUCCUGGGAUUCUUUGUAUUGUCUCUUUUUUUGCAUUUGGUAACUCUUUUCUGCUACCUGGAUCUGCGGUCUGAAGUGCAACGCGAACUUGUGCAAAAAAAGAGAAAUGAGAUAUUAACAUCGAGUGCAUCUGGUAUUAAUGAACUGUUUUCUCAUGAGCUGCAGCUUAUGGACAUCAGAUACACUCCAGUGGACCCUGAGGAAAAGACACCCUCCCCACCGUCUGAAGACAACUCAGUCGCCUCUGCAGAAAGUGAAAGGAUCCUGCAUCGAGUGAGAAGAAAUCAGAAGAAACGUGAUUCAGAACCAAAUGGAAAACGCAAAGAGAGGAAAAAAGGUAAAAAAGGGUCCCCUGGUGCACCAGGACCUCCGGGCCCCCCUGGCCCCCCAGGGCCACCAGGCCCUCCUGGUAUCCCAGGAAUACCGGGAAUCCCAGGGAGCAAUGUGAUGGCACCAGCAGGACCCCCUGGGUCACCUGGCCCUCAAGGCCCCCCAGGACCCCAGGGGCCCCCUGGCCCACAAGGACCUGCAGCCAUAGAAAAAGCCAAAAGCAUCCAGCCUGCUGUCGUUCACUUGCAAGGCCAGGAAACAACAAUUCAAGUGAAGGAAGAUCUUUCAGAAGGUGUACUCAAAAACUGGAAGAUGAUAUCCAUACACCACAAGGUGUUCAAGAUGCACUCGCGCUCGGGGGAGCUGGAGGUGCUGGUCGACGGCACGUAUUUCAUCUAUAGUCAGGUAGAAAUUUACUACCUCAACUUCACUGACAUUGCCAGUUAUGAAGUGAUGGUUGAUAAGACCCCGUUCCUGAGAUGCACCUGCAGCAUUGAGACAGGCCAGCGCAAGUUCAACACCUGCUACACGGCCGGCGUCUGUCUGCUGAGGGCCCACCAGAAGAUCUCCAUCAAGAUGGUGUACGAGGACACCUCCAUCAGCAUGACUAACCACACCACCUUUCUAGGGAGUAUCCGCCUGGGAGAUGCUCCACCUGCUGGCCAAGCCUAAGUACUACCUGUGCAUCCCAUCCUCUAUUUUUUUUUCAAAGCAUGAAAUGAAAAGAAGAUUCUCAAGAAUCAAAUGAACUGAUGAGUCCGCCUGAUAGUGACAGUAACAGAAAAACCUGCUUUAAUGGACUAAAUCUAAUUUUUGUUCAUCUGCAGGAAUGGCUAUCCUAUGGCUGCUUUGUUUGCCUGGAUGUACAUUAGAGCUGAACUAAUCAUAGUGACAGAGAAGGGAAACAAGUGCAAGCAUCUUAAAUUAGUGUGGUUGUAACAUUUCCCACAGAGGCGUUUCCAUUUUCAGUAUAACGGUUCUUACCUGCUUUUGAUUGCAAUUGUGAUAUUUAAUUAUAGGCUUUAAGUCUGUUUACAAUGACACUGGUUAGAUUCACUUCUGCAAACUUAUUAGUUAUACUGGUUAAUCCCAGAUAAAUCACUGAAAAAUUCAUAUCGGCAGUGUUUCUUGAUGUAUGGUGAUGUUUUCAAAAACUGUCAGAAAACUAAAUAUACAACCAAGUAUUGUUCUAAGAAUUUUUCCAUCCCCAAAACUUUAAUGAAGAUUUAUUUUUAAAAGUGAAAUAAUAAUAACAUAUUGGAAUAAGAAAUGCUUUGAGAAGAUAUUUAUAUCAGGCAUCAAUUGGCAGUGUUUCUCUUUCCAGUGUUUUCUCCCCAAUUUAAGGACUUGCUUUUCAGAUGUAUUGGUGACCUAAAUUUGCUUUAGGCAUUUCAGAACACAUGAGAGAAUUUUUGUGUGCAUGUGCCUCGUGAUUCGACUAGCAUCCUGACAGUGAUGCAUUCAGCCUCAUAUCCCAUAAUAGACUAUGAGCCUAAUUGGAGAUGUGCUUGAGAUUAGCUGAUUUAAUGAAUAGAUGACUGAAUGCAGACAUCCCACGUUAUGCAUAUUGAUUUCAGGGAGGCGGAUGAGGGACAACUGAGUGUGGGCUGUCUAGGCAUGAGUGGUAUUGCAGUGACCACCCCCCGGCAAAUAUUGGAAUACCGAAACGACAUAGUGUUGCUUUUUAAAAUACCGUAAACUGCCAUAUAAUGUCUGGAUGGUAUGACUGUUAAAGUUAGAUGCUGUCUAAGGUUGUAUGUUGGGGUUGGUAUGGAAAGCACAAAUAAGCGAAGGAUCCAGCAAGUAUAAAAAGCAGUUCGCUCAUUUCACAAAAAAAGAGAAAUCACACAUGAACAUCUAAUACAAAAUCCAACCCCAGCCUGGAGUUGAACAUUAAAAACUGACCCUGACCUGGCCUCAGGCGGAGGGCUUGGAUUGGGGCGCAGACCUCUAGUAGUGGUAGUCAAACUUCUUGACGGCUAAUUUUACCGCCAAUGUAUAGCGGACUGAGAGAUUUCUGGGAUAUAUUGCGCAUCAUUUGCGAGUGCCUGGGAGCUGCUGUCAAUUUGGGGGAGAUUCCCGGAACUUCCGGAAGAAGUGGGAUGUCUGUGAAUGGCUGAAUGGGAAUUGCUGGAGUAAUAGAAGAUGCACCAAUUUAGAAAUUAUUUCACAGACAGGUAUAACACCAUUAUACUGCUUCUGAGAGUAGGCCUAUCCGUCAAACAAUGGACAAUAUAACACAAAUGGAAAUACUUGUCCUGUUAAGAAAUCGUCUUUAUGAAAGAUUAGUUUUCUCAUGACAGUUGGAAAAAAGUUAAUAUAUUACAGACACUCCUCUACUUACGAACUUUCAACUUAUGAACUUUCAGACAUACGAACGAAGAAGACUAUAAGUCCAAAUUGUGUUCGUUGAGCUUCAGUUUCCUGUCCGCAACAUAAUUUUUUUUUCCACGCGCCAGUUCCGCCUAGUACGACUCCUGGCCGCUAAUCCCGCCGCGCAGCAGCGUAGCGUGCGUACUCCCAGCAUCCAAGUUCUUUGUAUUUGCAUAUACCCUUAAAAUGAUGUUGAAUAGCAACCUACGGACAUUUCAAGUCACAAAUGGCCGUUCAGAACGUAUUUUGUUCGUAAGUAGAGGAGCAUCUGUAAAAUAUGUAUACACGUUCUACAAAAUACAAGAGAACUUAUUACAGGGAAGAAAGUUAAAAACAUUUUUGCUUUUAGGUGGAAAUGUAACAUUUUAUCCAGUAUGAUUCCGUAUAAACACAGACGAUUUAAACAGGGGGAGGAUCAAGGGCUUUGGGGCCCGAUCAAGAAUAAUCUAAGAAUGUGCCCAAGCUAAUGCCACCAAACUACAUAUUUUUAAUGUUGAUACAGAUUUAAUGUAUUUGCUGAUGAUGCUAGCACAGUAUUGUUGCAUUGUCGACAUCCAAAAAACUAAGAAUAUAUAUACAGUUUUUUUUUUUACGUCAGGCUCAUUUCAGAUGUAAACAAUUUUUAAAUGCCUUGUCACUGAAGAAAAGCAUCAUUUAUUGUCUUCCUUUCUUGAAUAACAUGUAUUUGAUUUUCAAGAAUAUGCAUUAAAUUCAUAUCAUCAACAUGUAUAUACAGUAUAAUAUUAUACACGGCUUUACCAAAAUGGUAAACUUCUGUAAGUCACAAUACGGCUUCAACCAAUUUGCUUCAGGCUGUGUUUCUCGUGUUGAAUUGAAGACUAAAAUUGAAAAGGACCUUAAAAUCAUUUAAGAUCAUUUAUCAUAUACUGCAUUUGUUUUUGGUUCAUAGUUUUUUAUUUUUGUUACAUUUUAACGCCCAUCAUUGGAAGUCCAGAUUAAUUUGAAUUCCGUAGUACAUGAUUAUAGUAACUGUUCUUAUCCUACGUCCUGGAAUAUACUGUACAUUUGUAUACUGUAUUUUGAUUGUAUAUAUGUAUAUAAAAUAGAAAGUACCUUUUGUAAAUCAACUGUCUUGAUUCAUAUGAUUAAAGAUUUGUUCAGUUA